GUUUAUUCAGCGUAGAUGCCAGGCGUAGUAAGGUUUUAAUCCUAAUCCACUUUGCAUCUUGUUUUGUUUGAAGUGAUCACGGGGUUUGUCCGAGACACUUCUCCCAGCAGCGCAUUUUCACCAGUGUGCGCGUGUGUUUGUGACUUUUGUGAGUGUGUGGCUGCAGGGACGGGACAUGCAAUAGAUUUACAGACACUGGGACACGUGCGGCUGUCUGUGGGAAGCGGAAAAGUCCCAGAGAUGAUGUGUGGCUGGAAAAUCUGCAGGAGAAAAUAAACAAGGUGUCUGAGGAAGGGAUGGAAAAAAUGUAGCGAGGGCAGUGAAAACAGCAAAGGGUCAUGGGAUGUGGCAUGGGAAAAUCGGAACUACGGCUGAAGAAAUGUGACAGAGUGACCAUCUCAGUUCCAGCUGCCACUGCAAUCAGGGCGGCUCUGUUGAUCCAGCGCUGGUACCGUCAGUACGUGGCCCGGCUGGAGGUGAGACGCAGGUGCACGUGGAACAUCUUCCAAUCCAUUGAAUACGCAGGAGAGCAGGACCAGAUUAAGCUCUACAAUUUCUUUGGCUUCCUGAUGCACCACUUCACCCCAGCCAGCAGUGAGAGAAACCUCAUAUCGCACAUAUUUCGCGAGAAUGAAAUCUGCCACCACGCAGAGUGGGAGAGGUAUUUCUGCUGCGAGAGCGUCGAGGUGCCCGACAGCUACGACGGCCCCCACCUGACCUUCCCCAUGACCUUCUGUGGGGUGUCGAAGCUGGUGGAGGCCUUCAAGCACAAACAACUGCUCCAUGCUCGCUAUGUUCUGCAGCUUCUCGGAGAGACCUGGAGGCUUCUGAGAAUUCUUACCAACAUCAAUCAUGUCUCCACCUGCCACACAAAGGAGAUUACCAUAUGCGGAGACUUGCACGGGCACCUUGAGGACCUGCUGUUGAUAUUCUACAAGAAUGGUUUGCCGUCCUCCGAGAAACCGUAUGUCUUCAACGGAGACUUUGUGGAUCGGGGCAAGAACUCCUUGGAGAUCCUGCUCAUCCUGUUUGGGUUCCUGCUGGUCUACCCCAAUGACGUGCACCUGAACAGAGGGAACCACGAGGACCACAUUGUUAACAUGAGAUAUGGUUUCACCAAAGAGGUUCUGGGCAAAUACAGGGUGCAUGGCAAGAAGAUCCUGAAGCUUCUCCAGAAGAUCUUCAGCUGGCUGCCCCUGGCCACAGUGAUCGAUCAUAAGGUGCUGGUAGUGCACGGAGGGAUCUCCGACACGACAGACCUCGACAUGAUAGCCAGAGUGGACAGACACAAAUACGUGUCGGCCCUCAGGCCCCCGAAGACGACCCAUCAUGCAGUAAACGGUGGUAAAACCAUGAACAGCAAUGACAGCGAAGCCAGUGGACCAGUGGAAGCCAGGCGUCGAGUGUGCUCUUUAAGCCACCACCGCUCGCCGCCACCUCAGUGGCAUAACCUACCCCGCCGCUCGCUGCACAACCUGCCAAUGAGCAGUCAGCUCAGUUGGUCGGUGGAGGAGGAGCUCAAGAAGAGGCGCAGGCUGGCUGGGCUUGACCAGUCCUAUGGUGAGCUGCAGAGAUCUGACCCUGACCCAGAGUGCGGAGCGACAGCAGAGACAGACGAGCAGGAGUGGAAACAGAUAGUGGACGUGUUGUGGAGUGACCCCAUGCCCCAAAAUGGCUGCGUUCCCAAUGAGGUGCGAGGUGGAGGCUGCUACUGGGGCCCAGACGUCACUGAGGAGGUGCUGGGAAGACACAACCUGCAGCUCCUCAUCCGCUCCCAUGAGUGCAAACAGGACGGCUAUGAGUUCUGCCACAACCGCAAGGUGCUGACUAUAUUUUCGGCCUCAAACUACUAUGAGGUGGGCAGCAACAGAGGAGCCUACAUCCGAAUGGGUCCUGACCUGGUCCCACACUUCGUUCAGUACCAGGCCAGCCGGGCGUGCAGAGAGCUCACCCUGAGACAAAGUGUUGGGUGGACGGAGAGAUCAGCGCUACGAGCUCUGAGGGAACAACUGUUUGUGCAUAAGUCAGAUCUCAUCAGUGGCUUCCAGGAGUUUGAUCCUAACAACACAGGGAUGAUCAGUCUGAGGCACUGGGCCAGUGCCACAGAGAGUGUGCUGAAGCUGGGUCUGCCCUGGAGGGUGCUACGCCCUCAGCUUGUCAGCAGCACCCAGUACAGCAUGGUAGACUACCAGCAGUGGAUAAGGGAGCUCUCCAUCACUGAGCCCAAACUAGAGAUAUCUGACACCAGCAUCCUGGAGACUAUGUACAAGAACCAUUCAAACCUGGAAACCAUCUUUCGAAUCAUAGACACAGAUCACUCUGGUUCGAUCUCUUUCGAAGAGUUUCAUCAGACCUGGAAGCUCCUGAGCUCGCAUCUGAAGACAGAAAUCAGCAGCGAGGCCAUCGCAGACCUGGCCCAGAGCAUCGACUUCAACAAGGAUGGGAGCAUCGACAUCAAUGAGUUCAUGGAGGCCUUCCGGCUGGUGGACCUCUCCUCACAUACCUGAGAGGCUGGACCAGGAGCUGGAGCUGCUGUAGCUGCUGAUCUGCUGCUUUGAGAACUACCACAAAUACACUGGGACACUCAUCUGUGGGGAUUCAGAACCAGUAGCAUCUCACCUGCAUGAACUGGGGGGGCUGACAGAGUGCAAACUAGACCUUUUCUACCUCUUUACCUCUUAGACUGUUGGCUGAUCAAAUUCUUUUACAAUAUCAAUUUUUCAUUCAUGUUUAUCCAAGAACCGGAAGGUAUUUAUUUUUUUAGAUUGUGCAUCAUUUCUUGAUUACCUGUUUAGUUAUGUAAUAAAAACAUCAAAUACA